AUGGCGAUGCUGACGAGUUCAAUGAUGGUGGCGGAAAUUCAGAUUCCCGAUGACAUGCUGAUUCGUGACUCUACAGAUCCCUUUCUCGAUCUUAUAGAGUCUGUUUAUCAAGAUCUGGUGAGCAACCUGUUCACUCCUGAGUAUUUCAAGAGCAUGUCAAUUCUUGCACCGACUAAUGAAAGUAUAUUGAUCAGGCCAGAUGAUUGUGCAAUGGAACCAGACUUCAGGUUAUUAAUAUGGGAAAACACGUUCUCAACUGCAGGAUUCUCUCUGUUUCCGUUGAUGGUUUCAUUUGCAAUGACUAUCAAUAAAAGUAAAGGACAUACUAUUUCUCAUGUAGCACUGUACUUGUCCAGACCUGUUUUCAGCCACGGACAGCUCUAUGUAGCACUUUCGAGAGUUAAGAAUCGUAAAGGCAUAAAGAUUUUGAUCAACUCGAAAUCUGGCGAAACGACCAACGUCACAAAUAAUGUUGUAUUCAAGGAAGUUUUUCAUCUUAUAUGA